AUGUCUACCAUUCCAAUUAUUGUCAAACACCAAGGCAAGAAGUACAAUGUCGACCUCGACCCUACCGCGACGGGCGAAAUGCUCAAAUACCAGCUCUACUCUCUGACGGGCGUCGAACCCGAGCGACAGUCCGUUUUGAUCAAGGGUGGAAAAUUAAAAGAUGACACCGAUCUCUUCAAAUUGGGGGCGAAACCGGGCCAGAUCUUCACCAUGAUCGGCACCGCCUCUUCUGGAGGGAGUGCACUGGUCGAGCCGGUAGAGAAACCAAAGUUUGUGGAGGACAUGACCGAAGCAGAGGCUGCGGCGCAAGAAGGUGCCACGCCCGCUGGCCUGCAGAACCUGGGCAAUACAUGUUACCUCAAUUCCACCCUACAAGUGCUACGCAGUAUCCCGGAAAUGCAGGACGGCCUGAAGACCUACAAACCCGAGAACUCUUCGGCUACAACCUUACAGGACCUCAGUCAGUUUGGGCUUGGUGGUAUUGGCUCCUCAAAUGAUCUUGUUGCGCAGCUGCGAGAUCUCUAUAAACAGAUGUCCGAAACUCAAGAAGGCUUCCCGCCACUCAUGUUUUUGAACACACUACGGACAGCCUAUCCCCAGUUUGCCCAAAAGGCCAAAAGCGGUCAUGGCUAUGCGCAGCAAGACGCGGAAGAAGCUUGGUCACAGAUCGUACAGCAAUUGAGACAGAAGCUGAAGGUCACUGACAAGGUGUCUGAUGAGGAGAAGCAGAUCGCUUUUAUCGACCGAUACAUGGCCGGUUCCUUUCACACAUCGCUCGCUCCGCCAGAGGAGGUGGCUGACAAUGAACCUGUUGUCGAGUCCGACGAGACGUUUUUAAAGCUCGACUGCCACAUUGAUUCGUCCAUCAAUCAUCUUCGGGACGGACUUUCGGCUGGUUUGACUGAAAAAAUUGAGAAGCGUUCUCCUACUCUUGACCAUGAUGCCGUGUAUACCAAGACCUCUCGCAUCUCUCGACUCCCCAAAUAUCUGACUGUGCAUUUCGUCCGGUUUUUCUGGAAGAAAGAUGUCCAAAAGAAAGCAAAGGUCUUACGGAAAGUCACCUUCCCGGAGGAACUCGAUAUUGUCGAAUUCUGCACGGAAGACCUGAGAAAGAAGCUGGUCCCGGUUCGCGACAAGGUCCGCAACAUCCGCAAGGAUGAGCAAGACGUGGAAAGGGCCAGAAAACGACAGAAGUUGGCACAUAAACAGGAAGAAGAUCGGAAAAAUGAUGAACUAGCGGGGAAGGAAGCAGCACCCAUCUCUAAGCUGCAGCGAGAGAAGGAAAAGAAAGGCAGUAAAGAAAAGGAACCCGAGGGAGGUGAAAUGGAUGUCUACAAGACCGACGCCGAAUAUGAGGCUGAACGCACGGAGUCAAUAAAGAAAGCCAAGAAGGAACUCUUCGCCCUCAUCGACCCCGAACUCCAAGCGGAUGAAGGAGCCAACAAGUCUGGGCUCUAUGAGCUGAGAGGGGUCAUUGCCCACCAGGGGGCCAGUGCGGACAGUGGACAUUAUACAAGUUUUGUCAAGAAGCAAGGUAAGCUUGUGGAUGAUCCCAGAGCGCCGGGUGGCAAACGGAGAGAAGAAGAUGGCAAGUGGUGGUGGUUCAACGACGAUAAAGUCAGCGAGGUUGAUUCCGAACGCAUUAUGGCUCUCGCAGGUGGCGGCGAGAGUGCAUCGGCUCUCAUUCUGCUUUACCGAGCCAUUGACUUGCCAAGCAAGGAUGAGGUUGAAGAUUAG